AUGCUAAUACGCCUAGAAAAAUUGGGAACAGACGAGGUUGGAUUGCUAGUAGAUGGAAGGCCUAAAGGGACUUGGAAAUUGCCGUCUCUAAAAUACCCUGAACAGUCUUCCGGAAUUUUUCUUCUGCUUGGAGGAUUGUUACCUCAACAGAGAAGCAAAGAAUACAAAAAUAGUGUGCAAUUGGAUGAGGUUAUGCCCUUCUAUGGGUGUUUGAGUGAAUUGAGUGUGAAUGGAAAUUUGGUGGGAUUGAAGGAUUUGAUUGAUAAAAAGGACUCAAUUGCGGUUAAUUUGAAUAAGUGCCAGGCGAAAACUGAGGAGGGAAAAGUUGAAGAGAAGGAAGAGAAGGAGGAGGAAGAAGAGAAAGAAGAAGAGAGGGAGGAGAAGGAAGAGGAAGACUAUGCAACAACCACCUCAACACCUUCAAUUACCUCUCCUUAUAUUCCUGUGGUGACUGAAGUUACAGAAGAUCCGUUACUUGAAGUUAAAGAUGCUGGCUAUAGGGAACAGGAAGUUAAAAGUGAAGAAGAUAAAUAUGAACCAGAAUUUGUUGAAGCUUCUGUGGAACCGGUAAAGCACAAAAUAUACUCAGCUUUCAAUAUAAGAUAG